CCGGGUUCCUUGCUUCGGUCCGCGCGUUUUUCAUUCAUGAAAAAUUGUGUAAACAAAACAUCACCGAAGCUCCUGAAUUUUAUAAAAAGAGAAUUCCAGCAACAAAAUGGAAAAUGAUGAUCUAAUUGUUGAGGUCCUGGAAGUCUACAUGAACUACAUCCUCUACGGACGUCAAGUCUAUCCGAGUGCGAUAUUCAGGAAGCGCCGAUCCUUCAGCACAUUUGUCUACAAAUCCAUCUACCCACCUCUCAAUGAUUACCUCAAGAGUAUCCUGGAGACCGUGAGGACUCUCAAGAGAAUCAAGAAGCUCCACAAAGUCGAAAUGAUCCUCUACCAAAAUGACAACAUUCUCGAAAAUUACAUCUUUGACAUUGAAGAUCUCCACGAGAUUGGAUCCGAUGACAAGUAUCUCAUUGAAUUUGAGGAGAACAUCAAGAGGUCCAUUGCUGUGCUCGAGGGAAGACUGAAGGGUCUGAAACCUCUGCAGGGAGACACGAAUUUCAAGAUUGUCUUGCACACAACGCAAUCGGCUUUUGUCUCCUUGGCCGGGAACAAGCAACUGGAGGGCUUCCCGUGGCUCAAAGCCGGGGACAUGUCGCCCGAAGAGAAGCAAACAGCCACUCUCCUGCCCAUCACGACAGCUCCGUACGUCGGAUUGCAGAUUUAUGCAGAAGAGUACAGAGUUUGAGAGAGUAUCUCUUCUGCGGGAACCUCGAUUGGAAAACUCUGGAAGGGGAAUUAUCUGUGAGCAAUUGAUCCCCUCCAGGCGAAAGAAAACUCAUUUUCAUCCAAGAUAAUGCAUUUGUUAGUAUUUUAAUUAAUUUUAAGGUUGAAUAAGAAUGAAAUAAACAAAUAAAAA